AUGAGUUCACAGUCAAACCUGAUCCGUCGAGGAGGAAACUCUUCUGCUCUACGUCGUCAACUGGACCUGGAAGUGGAGGACGAGAUCAUCAGGAUCCCAGCUUGCGACCUAACGGCUGCAUCUGAACGUUUCAAGAAAACCCUAAUCGGAAGAGUUUUACACAGAGGAGGACGUAGUGUUGAAGCGAUGAUUACUCUCCUUCCGAGAGCACGUAUCUGGAACGUAGAAGGGAGGGUCCGUGGAAUGAAUUUGGGCAACGGCCGUUUCCAAUUCGAUUUUGAUAAGGAAGAAGAUUUGGUUAUGGUUCUAAACAAGAGGCCUUGUCACUUCAACCAUUGGAUCUUUGCGCUGGAACGAUGGGAACCGUCCACAAGUGAGGACUUCCCUAAUACUAUUCCUUUUUGGAUCAAAGUUACUGGAUUUCCAGUCCAUUUUUGGAACGACGAUGCUUUCACUGCAAUUGUGAAAGCGCUGGGGAAGAAAGAAGCUAUCGAUGCAAAAUAUGCUCGAAUCCAGGUUUCUAUCAAUCCUGACCGUCCUCUAAAGAUGGAGGCACGGGUAGAAUUCUCAAAUGGAGAUAUAGGUAAAGUAAACCUAACGUACGAGGGACUCAACCGACAUUGCUUUAGAUGCAAGCGUAUUUCCCACGACAUAUACUCCUGUCCAGAUCUAUCUCAGGAGGAACGGGAGCAGAAGAUUAAGGAACUACGGGAGCUCAACCCAACAGGAGCACAAGGGUACUCGCAUCAAGCUCUCAGUGGACCGGCGGGGAACUAUAGAAGCAAUGGUCCAAAUAAUAAGAGGCAUCGAUCCCCCAAUGGUGAUGUCUACCAAAGAUCACCGUCGCGUGAUGAAUAUCCUGGUCAAUCUAGAGAGGGAAAACGGCAAAAGGAAACAGGAGGUUACUGGACUUCCAAAUCCCUCUCAAACAGAGGCGAACCAGUGAAAACGAUGGAGAGAAGAAGGGAGGAAAAAGAGGACAGAUAUCCAAGCCAACAAAAAAAAGGUAUUGUGUGGAACCGCCUUGAGGGCCAAGAAAAACGAAAAACCGAGGCAGAAUUUUCUGGAACGACAAAGAGGUCGUGA